UUUCCCAUUGAACCGCCUUCCGAUGUGUCCCGCCCCCUACCGGAUGUACACCGGUACUGCGGACUUAAGUGCAACACUUCACAUGAAAGGCUGUGUUUCGAUUUCUCUUUGCAUAUCAAAGAGUUUCUACUGGGAGAGGACAGAGAGGAAUGGAGGAGGUUUAUACGCAAGGCGUCUGGAUUGCUGAAGGUCUCCAGCAGAGGACGAAGAGUCAGGAGAAAUUCUGGCUGACGGUCACUCACGUUGGAGACCCUAAAGCAGCUUUUCUGCUCGUCUUUCCAUUCACUUAUUUCAUCAGCAGAAGAGCUGGAGUAGCGGUGCUUUGGGUGGCAGCUAUAUCGGAGUGGUUGAACUUAGUGUUAAAAUGGCUGCUGUUUGGAGAGAGGCCGUUCUGGUGGAUUGGUAAAUCGGGUCUUUUUGUUAACAAGCAACCCAAUAUUCGCCAGUUUCCGUCCACGUGUGAAACCGGCCCAGGCAGUCCAUCGGGACAUGCGAUGGUGACGGCAGCAGUCUGGUGGGUUGUCGUGUCCUCGCUGGGGUCCUUUCUGUACUCCCGUACUCACAGCGUGGUGUUAUCAGCUGCUCCGUACCUGGUCUAUGUGGUGAUGCUGGUUGCAGUUGGAAUCUCCAGGGUCUUUAUCCUCGCGCAUUUUCCUCAUCAGGUCGUUGCUGGCUCCAUUACAGGUUUAAUUCUGGGGAUUGUUCUGAGCUGCAGAGUACCAGAAGGUCGCCCCCUGCUGUUCUUCUUUAGCUUCAGCUCUGUGUUGCUGUUCGGUGCUCUGAUGCUCCAUGCUGGAUUAAAGCAUCUGGAAAUUGACCUCUCCUGGUCUAUUGCAUUGGCUAAGAAAUGGUGCAGCCGUGAGGAAUGGAUUCGUUUGGACACAGCCCCAUUCUCCUCUCUGACCCGAGACUGUGGGGCCCUACUGGGUUUGGGGCUGGCCCAGUACUGGAAGCCUGGUGGAUGGUCACUGCCUUGGGCUCCAAGAGCUUUGUCUCUGGCUAUAUCAUCCAUGGGACUUUACCACGUGAAUCGAUUACCGCUCCCGGUCCGACCGCAGGAGCUUUUCUACGCCCUGUUCUUUGUCAAAUUUGUCCUAGUGCCUCUGAUUGUCAUGGUACUCGUGCCUGGGCUGGUACACCUAUUCACACGCAAAAAAAAGAGAGACUAGAAGAGUUCUUCCACAUAUUGUAUCUGAAAGACCUCCCAGAACCAGAGCUUCCUUCUGAGUUUCUAUAAACACCUUAAAUAGUUAAUGUUUCAGUUGUUAUGCUAAGUUGAAUGUCUUAAAAUUCACUAAACAAGGGCCUUUUGUUCAGUCGGUGGCAUGUUUCCUUCCCCUUCUUUUGAUGACUUUAUGGUCUUCAAGUUCAUGUAUUGGGACAUUUUGAUGUACUGUACAUUCCAGGGGAUGUAGUGUAAUCCUAAGUAUUGUAAAUACCACAGUAUUUUUGCUAAAUGGAUGUGGGAAAAGUGCAACUUUGGUUUUGUGUUGUCUGGAUCUUUGCGAGUCAGUUUCUUACGGAGGUUUUAAACCUCAGAUUUGUAGCCGGGUGAGGACGUGAACAUUGUCCAGAUGUUUGUUGCUUCAUGUUGUGUUAUUGUUUAGUGACCAAAGUCAUCCAAAAUAUGAAAAUUAUAUUUCUGUGUUCUACACAAAUCAGUAAAAAUAAAUGACUGACAUGCAGGGCGUGUUUCAGUUGGUAACCAUUUAUAAAUAUGUUCUCUGUU